CAGGCAGGAUGUCAGUUCACCAGUUGGAAGCAGCUUGAACAAACCAAACCAGUCAUCAUGACUAUGGGCAAGGUUAUCUUCUAUGAGGACAGGAACUUCAUGGGGCGCUCCUAUGAGUGCACCGGUGAUUUUUCCGAUAUGCACUCUUACAUGAGCCGCUGCCACUCCUGCAGGGUGGAGAGCGGCUGCUGGAUGGUCUACGACCGCACCAACUUCAUGGGAAACCAGUAUUUCAUGAGGAGGGGCGAGUACGCUGACUACAUGAACAUGUGGGGCUGGGGCAACAACUGCAUCAGGUCCUGCCGCAUGAUCCCCAUGUACAGAGGAUCCUACAGAAUGAGGGUCUAUGAGAGGGACAACUUCAUGGGUCAGAUGAUGGAUGUGAUGGAUGACUGUGAUUCCUUCAAUGAUCGCUACCACUGGUCCAAUGGCUGCAUGUCCUGCCAUGUGAUGGACGGCCACUGGCUCAUGUAUGAGCAUCCCCACUACAGAGGCAGGAUGUGGUACUUCAGGCCUGGAGAGUACAGGAACUUCAGGGACUACGGUGGCAUGAGGUUCAUGAGCAUGAGGCGUAUCAUGGACUCCUGGUAUUAAAAGCAAACUGAGCUAAAGUGUCAAACACAGUUUGAAUAAAUUCCAGCAAAUCAGAGAUUUGUAUUAUUUCUCUCCCACCAUGAAGACAGGUUUUUUUUUUAACUUUUUUGUAAGAAAUUACUUGGUGUUAGAUCAGAAAAUGGAAUAUAAUUUGAUAAGAAAUGUCAACCUCAUAAGAAAGCUAAAAUGAAAUGUAAACAAUGUCAAAAUUCUUUAAAUGAAACUGAAAAAUGUAUCUCAAAACAUUUAAUAAAACCAUUUGUUUUCAGUACA